AUGGACUCCGGCGAGGGUGUCUUGGAGGAGCGCUCGGAUGGCACAUUCUCAGGUUGUUAUUUCCGCGAAUACGAUUCAAGAAAUGACCGUCAGAGACGGGCGCCGCAUAUGGAGCGUUUCGAUACGAUGCAACCUCGAUGGAGGCGCUGUCUCGCAGGUAUAUUGAGGUGA